AUGGAUAUAAAAAAGAAAAAUAAGUUUUGUUUAAAAAGAAUACCAUGUUUGUUUAAAAAAUAUAAGUUGUUCUUAUUAUUGACGAUGGUUUUUGAUCACGCAAGGAACAUUUAUGGGCAACCGGUUCGGCCAAAUAUAGUUCUUAUAAUCGCUGAUGACAUGGGCUGGGAUGAUGUCAGUUUCCAUGGUUCAGAUCAGAUCUUGACACCGAAUAUUGAUAUGUUAGCUUACACGGGGGUUGCGCUUGAACGUUACUACAGCCAUUGUAUCUGCACUCCUACGCGGUCUGCCUUGCUUACUGGAAAAUAUUCUUAUGUUACAGGUAUGCAAGGAUAUCCUCUUACGAAUAGUGAAGAUAGGGGCUUACCAGUAACGGAAAAGAUUAUGCCGCAAUACCUAAAAGAUCUAGGCUAUGCCACACAUCUCGUUGGGAAAUGGCAUGUGGGGCAGUCACGGACCGCUUUUCUACCAACUAUGCGCGGAUUUGAUACUCACUAUGGACAUAGAGGUGGUUUCAUAGAUUACUACGAAUAUACUCUUCAAGAGGCGGAUGAGACAGGUGAGGAGGUGUCUGGAUUAGGCUUAUUUAGAAACAUGAGUGCUGCGUGGGAAGAUGAAGGUUAUGUAACUGAUCUUUACACAAAGGAAGCUAAAGCAAUAAUAACAUCACACGACGAAUUAGCACCAUUGUUUUUGACCGUUGCUCAUAAUGCCCCGCACUCGGGAAAUGCCGCGGCUGUACUACAAGCUCCAGCAGAAUAUGUCCGAUCUAUGCGUCAUAUCGAAUCGCCACAGAGGCGAAUUUUUGCAGCAAUGGUAAAAAAACUAGAUGAAAGUGUAGGGGAAAUUGUCAAUGCUCUAUUAGAUAAAGGAAUUCUAAAUAACACUAUCAUAGCAUUCAUAUCGGACAAUGGUGGAAUGACUACAGGCGACUCGAUGAACUAUGCAUCUAAUUGGCCUUUGCGGGGCAUUAAGAUGACUCCAUUUGAAGGAGGCAAUCUUAGAGGGAUCAUAGGAAGAAACCCGCCUUAUCUUGAUUCUUUACAAAACAGUAUUGUUUACAAGGUUCUUAGAAGGAUAGAUAAACCUUUCAACUUUAAAAAAAUGGAAAUAAGAGACGAAAUAAAGGUCAUCUGCAAUAAAGUAAAAAGUAAAGAAAAUGAUUUAUGCUACCCACAAAAUAAUUAUUGGUGUUUGUUCAACAUAAAAGAAGAUCCAUGUGAAGUUCACGAUGUCUCUGCCAAAAAUCCUCGUAUUGUUCACAAUAUGAUGACGCGUCUUCGCAAAGAAUUGGAAAGAGUUAAAUCAAGAAAUAAAACUAUAUAUAGAGAUCCGAGAUCUUUCCCACGUUUACAUAACUAUUCAUGGGAUAUUUGGGCAGAUAACAUAGCGAUGGCA